GGUGAACUUCACUGCUCGUGGUCUAAUGCCUCCAGUCUUCACUCCACUCAAUGAUGACCACACCAUAAACUAUGGAGUUAUUCCCGCGUAUGCUAAGUUCUUGGCUGAUUCAGGGAUCAAAUCUGUUUUGGUGGGUGGUACAACAGGCGAGCACAUGUCCCUAUCUGUAGCCGAUAGGAAGAAAGUCGUUGAUGCUUGGGUGGUAGCUGCCAAGACUACAGGCCUUCAUAUUCAGGUGCAAGUCGGUGGAGCACCCUUAGCUGAUGUUACUGAACUGGCCCGCUACUGCCAAGAUGUCGGAGCCGACUCCUUACUUACCCUUCCUGAGUUAUACUUCAAGCCAGCCUCAGUUGAUGAUCUGGUGUUCUACGUAUCUCAAGUCGCUAAGGCUGCCCCCAAACUGCCAGUAUUGUACUACCAUAUACCCAGUAUGAGCAAAGUUGAAAUCAAUAUGCCAGCCUUCGUAACAGCGGCUACAGCGAGUAUCCCUAACUUUAAGGGCAUUAAGUUCACUUCAAACGACCUUAGCGAAGGCGCUCAAGUCCUCAGAGCCCUGAAGGAUGGCCAGGAGAUGUUCCUUGGAGCUGAUACUCUCAUUGCACCAGCAGCGCUCUUAGGCAUUAAAUCUAGCAUUGGAACAAGUUUCAACCUGUUCCCGAAACUGGCGCAGGAAAUCUUGGAUGCCGUCGAAAAGAACGAUGUAGCCAAAGCCAGGGCUUUGCAGGAAAAACUAAGCUUAGCUAUUGAAGCUCACACUGUUGAAGGUCCCUGGGUACCCAUAAUGAAGGCCGGUAUGGAGAUAGCUACUGGCAUCAAGGUUGGACCUCCAUCACUCCCACAGAGGCCUCUCUCUUCCGAAGCCAAGCAAAGGAUUCACUCCAAAUUGAGGACCCUUGGUCUGAGCAAGUGA